GGGUGUGGUGAUAGGCGGGGCUUACAAGAAAUUUGAAGAAAAUGAGUGGAAGCAAAACAAGAUCCAGUAGUGACAGGCGGAUAUUAGAUGAAGGUACGCGCAUGAGGAGACAUAAGAGACAGCUGGAGGCACUGGAGAAGGAUAACCAUCAUGAUGACCCCCAUGCUUCAUUUGCUCACUUACUCAAUAAAGUGAAGCUACCUUCUUUUUCUGAUGGGACCGAGAAGAAAAGGAGAAAAACAAGAUCAAAUGCAGAUCACUUCAAACAAAGAUUUCGUAAAACUUUCCAGUCACUACUGGAAGAACUAGCGACGAAUAAUAAUAACAAUGUUAAAGGUCCUUCUUAUCUCACAGCUGCUGCUCCUCCUUCAAAAUUCCCCCCAAGACACUUCUGUGCUGUCUGUGGGUUUCCUUCAAGCUACAAGUGUGUGUCCUGUGGUACUAGAUACUGCUGCACAAGGUGCCUUGGAACUCAUCAGGACACAAGGUGUCUCAAAUGGACUGUAUAGCCACACUCAUUCACAUACAAACUUAACACAGUUAACAUAGUCUAUAUUAUCUUUCUACAUGUCAUUUAUAUAAAGUAAAAUAUGAUGAAGC